CACACGAGUGUCACCGUCGUGGUUCUUACAGUGUACUCUACUUGUGUACUGAAAGCUGCCUCAUCAAUGCACAGCCACUUUCGAUUGCUUUCUCAGUGACUGCUCGGUGCCAUGGAGGAGUCGGAGCCCCUUUUGGGUUCCCGCUCGGAAGAGAGAAGGCCCAACAGCUGCUGCAGAUGGAGCCUUCGCACACCCAACAUGGACCCCAGGGUGGUGGAGGACCUGAGGCGCAGGCUCAAGUACUUCUUCAUGAACCCAUGCCAGAAGUACAAAGCCCGGGGCCGCAAGCCGUGGAAGUUGAUGCUUCAAAUAUUAAAAAUCGUCCUCAUCACCGCCCAGCUGGUCUCGUUUGGACUGAGCAACGAGAUGAUGGUCACCUUCAAAGAGGAAAAUCUGAUGACGUUCCGAUACCUCUUCCUCAAAGGAUACAAGGACCACCGUCAGGGAGGGCACGUUUUGCACACGAAAACGGACGUGUACGACCACAUCUCCUACAUCAUCGAUAGGUACAUCAAUCUCCAAAACCUGACAGUCGGAAAUCUGGCUUACGAGAGGACUGAUGGUGAGUACACGCCUCUGAUGGUCUGCCAAGAGUUUUACAGAAACAGCAACAUUGACCCUGGAAACGAGACCUUUUACAUCGAUCCACACAUUGACACAGAUUGCUUUUCCAUCUACCCCGUGCUGUCACUGGACAACGGCAGUCUGGCGACGCCCCUGAACUUUUCUUUGGACUUCAGGAGGCUGCUGUCAGUCAACGUUUACUUUACGCUGAAAACCAUCAAUCUGCAGACCGUCAGGCACCACGAGCUUCCCGACUGUUACGUCUUCCGCGUGGUGGUCAGUUCCCACCGACGCCAUUGUAGAAUAUCGAACAAAAUGCCACCGACUCGCUCUCUUUGCUUUUUACGACAGAUCAUGUUUGAUAACCACGCUCACAGCGGAAAUAUCCAGGUGGCGGUUGAAAACGACGUCACCAUCAACGAAUGCAGGGAUUGGAAUGUGGAGGGCACUUCCGGGAAAAACGAUUACCUCCUGCUCUCCUUCGAUUCCGUGGUCAUCCUCGCCUGCUUCGCUUCCCUGGUUCUCUGCUUGCGUUCUGUUAUCAACGGCAUCCAGCUGCAGUUUCAGGAGUUCAACACAUUCUUUCACGCCUACUACAACAAAAUUGUGACCAUGUCUGACCGCAUGGAGUUUGUGAACGGCUGGUGCAUCCUCAUCAUCAUCAGCGACACUCUGACCAUCGCCGGCUCGACUUUCAAGAUCGGAAUACAGACAAAGUUCAUGACGAGCUACGACGAGUGCAGUAUCUUGCUGGGCAUUGCGACCAUGCUGGUGUGGGUGGGCGUGAUUCGGUACCUCGGUUUCUUCAAGAAAUACAAUAUCCUGAUCUUGACUUUGAGAGCAGCCUUCCCAAACGUGAUCCGAUUCUGCUGUUGUGCAGCCAUGAUUUACCUCGGCUACUGUUUCUGUGGCUGGAUUGUGCUCGGGCCAUACCACGACAAAUUCCGAACGCUGGACAAGGUGACCGAGUGCCUCUUCUCGCUGGUCAAUGGCGAUGACAUGUACGCCACCUUCAUGAAGAUGCGCGACAACGGCUACAUGGUGUGGCUGUUCAGCCGCCUCUACCUCUACUCCUUCAUCUCCCUCUUCAUCUACAUGGUGCUCAGCCUCUUCAUCGCGCUCAUCACGGACACCUACGAGACCAUCAAGCAUCACCAGCAAGAAAAAGUGCCGGUGUCCCAGCUCCAGGCUUUCAUAGCAGAGUGCAGGGACGAGCCCGAGUCCGGAUGCUACCAAACUGACGAGGAGCCUUUUUCCUGCAGCCUCUUGGCUUGCUGUUGCUGUGGAUGCAGAAAGAAGAUCUGACUGCUCAUUGCUCAUUGUCAUGGUCAAUCUAUUUUGGAAUUAAACUGUGUGCAUAAGGAAAUGCACUGUCUA